ACGUGAGGAUAAAAUCCGGAGAAUGGUUCUUUGAGGAACGGGCCAAGAAAUUUCCAACUGAAGAACUCUCCAAGUCCCAGAACGACAUGACCUCGGACAAGCAGCUCCUCAGCACGGGCCCCAGGCCGGGCGCCAGGACGGAGCGGCGCAGCCAGAGUGACACUGCCAUCAACGCCACCACCAGGAAGGUCAGCGCGCCCGACAUCCUGAUGCCGCUCAGCCAGGAGAGUCCCAAACGCUCUACCAACCCUGUUUCCAAGCAAGGAGGUCUCUCAGCACCCCCAGCGCCCAGCGCUCCAUUCUCAGGAGGCUCGAGGCGGGGAAGUUUAAUCAGCGUUAAUAGCACUUGCACGGAGAUUGGCAAUUUUGACAACGCUGAUGUCACUGGAGAGAUAGAAUUUGCCAUUCGCUAUUGCUUCGAAACCCGUUCUUUGGAAAUAUGCAUCCAGGCCUGCAAGAACCUUGCUUACGGAGAGGAGAGGAAGAAGAAGUGCAACCCGUACGUGAAGACCUACCUGCUGCCUGACAGGUCAGCCCAGGGCAAACGCAAGACGGGCGUCCAGAGGAACACGGUGGACCCGACCUUCCAGGAGACCUUGAAGGUACUCCCGGGACAGACGCUCCCCUGCGGGGUCUCCCCGCCCUGGGCGGGCGCAGGGCCAGAGUCCACGACGGCUCCUCCACACCCUGAGUCGGUGGAACAGCAGUGCAGACACUGCGGAUGCCCGCGGGGCUGGCAGUCGGGGCACGGCUGGGUCACCCUUCAGCCUGGGCGGGAGAAGGGCAGAGUCCUCGGGACUGUCCGUGAAUGA